AUGAGCGCGUCGCUUUUGUUUACAUAGGAGCUUUCUCCUCUGACGGAAGGCGGAGGUACGCCAAGAAUAAAAAGGAAGAUCGGAAGAUUAAGCAUCACACUUAAGGUUCGGGUAUUGCAGUGAACGUGUGUAGCGUAGACAGUGCGGUGACAGUACAGUUGGUGCAGGAUGAAUCCCAGUAUGUUGUUGUUGAUCUUGGUCCCCCUAGUGAGUGCGGCGGUCGUCGACUUCAGGCCUGAAGAGAAUGAAGUGAUCGGAAGAAGUGCUGACUCUAGUGGCGGCUGGAAGCUGGUCUCCAAAGUGAUGUCUGACUGCGGAUCCGAGGAUGUAAGCGAGGUCAUGAACUGCCUCGGAGUCAAGGCCGUUGCUGUCCUCGACCGUGCCGCGAGGAUGGGCAACAUCGAGGUCUACUCAGGAGUCACCCUCAGCAAGAACACCGAAGUCCCCGAGGACGGCAGGAAUGGACGGGCUCUCCUCACUGAGACUGAGAUCACCCAGAGUCUCCCCCAGGAUCCUACUGCGAGGACCGCCCGUGUCAUGGACCUUCUGUAUGACGCUACUGUCAGGUUCCUGCAAUCUCACACCCUCCAGUUCAAGCUGCCACAAGGUGCCCCCGAGUCCUUCUCACGUGCUCUGGAAGAAGGCCGUGGCAAGCUGAAGAAGAAGCUGUUCCCCAUCAUCGCCCUGGUUGGUCUGAAGCUGUUCGCCGUCAUCCCAAUCAUCCUGGGAGUCAUCGGCUUGGUCGCCGCUAAGGCCCUCAUCGUCGGUAAACUGGCCCUCAUUAUCUCCGGAAUCAUCGCUCUCCAGAAGUUCUUGGGACAGGGUGGUACUUCCGGUUUCAGCUACUACGGAAAGAACCCCUUGGGUGGCAGUGACUGGUCUUCUGGAGGAUCAUCUGCCGGCUGGAGCACAAGUGGAAGUGCAGGCUCUGGAGGCUACACCUACAGGAGAAGUCUGGAGGACGAGGCUCAGAAGUUGGCGUACAGCGCACACGUCCCUGAGGACGAGACCAAUGCCCAGUGACCACUGUGACCACUCCUCAUCGGUGCCAAAUAACUCGACAAGCGCUCGGUCUUAGUUACCUCUUCUACGAACGAAUCUUUUUUCUUCCAUUCCUUGCUUAGGAAGAACUUCAAAGGAAUUAUUUAUCAGAUUAAGUAGCAUCUUUAGUUAAUCUAUUGUAUAUAGACUCUACACCUCCCAUAGUAUAACGCUUCGUGUUCUGUAGUGUAGUCUUUGUCGAUGGUACAAUGAGCGACCGAUGGAUUUGUAAAACUCUAAGAGUUGUUGUAAUUUUGUUAUUUAAUUUCUAGUUUUUAAGUCAUAUUUAUUGUUUUUUUCUAUUUAAAUAAAACAUG